CUCCGGCCCUGCCUCCUGCACUUCUCCCUCUCUCUCCUCCUCCCUUCUCGCUGUCACGCAUCUCCCCUCAGCCCCCUCAUUCCGGCUCUCCACCCACUCACUGUCUCCCUCUCCCUUGCUCUCUCUCUUUCUCUUCCUCUCCCUCUCUCUUUCUCUGCCUCUCUCUCUCCCUACCUCCAGCCCCCCCUCCAUUUCUAUUGGCUCCCUGCAGCUCCCGUUCCUUUUGAUCUUGCUCACCUUGGAGGCUUGUCCUUCCACCCCCACCCGGCUCCCUUACCUGCAGACCCCCCUCUGUCCCCCCCAUGUGUCCUGGAGAUGGGGGGCUGACGCACCAGGCACGGGUGGGAAGUCAGGGCCAGAGACUGGACAGGAGUGGCUCCGGGGGUGGCUCUGGCCGCCUGGAGCCUAGGAAGGGACCCGCACCUGCUGGUGGUCCAGAAGUGGGUGCUGUUUGGGGGACACUGACUGGGGGUGCUGGGGGGGGCUCCCUGGGGACUGGGCAGCAAGAAGGGGCAGCAGAAUGAGUGCCAGCUGGGAGGCAGCGAGGAGAGCCCAGAGCCCGCAGACAGGCCGAUAGCCGACUGCUGACCACUCUGCCCGAAGCCAUGGAUGCCUUGGGCUCUCCCUCGUCAGCGCCCGCCACCUCGGAGCCUGGCAACACCUCUUCAGUUUGGCCCCCGGCUGCUGCCCCGGGGAACGCAUCGGCGGGCCCAAGCCUGGCAGGGCUGGCCGUCAGCGGCGUUCUGAUCCCACUGGUGUACCUGGUGGUGUGCGUGGUGGGGUUGCUGGGCAACUCCCUGGUCAUCUACGUGGGCCUGCGGCACACGGCCAGCCCCUCGGUCACCAACGUCUACAUCCUCAACCUGGCGCUGGCCGACGAGCUCUUCAUGUUGGGACUCCCAUUCCUGGCCGCCCAGAACGCCCUGUCCUACUGGCCCUUCGGCUCGCUCAUGUGCCGCCUGGUCAUGGCCGUGGACGGCAUCAACCAGUUCACCAGCAUCUUCUGUCUCACGGUCAUGAGCGUGGACCGCUACCUGGCCGUGGUGCACCCCACGCGCUCGGCCCGCUGGCGCACGGCGCCCGUGGCGCGCACGGUCAGCGCGGCCGUCUGGGUGGCCUCGGCCGUGGUGGUGCUGCCCGUGGUGGUCUUCUCUGGCGUGCCCCGCGGCAUGAGCACCUGCCACAUGCAGUGGCCGGAGCCGGUGGCGGCCUGGCGAGCCGGCUUCAUCAUCUACACGGCGGCGCUGGGCUUCUUCGGGCCGCUGCUCGUCAUCUGCCUGUGCUACCUGCUCAUCGUGGUCAAGGUGCGCUCGGCCGGGCGGCGGGUGCGGGCGCCCUCCUGCCCGCAGGUGCUGGCGGCCUCGUGCCCGCGGCGCCGGCGCUCCGAGCGCAGGGUCACGCGCAUGGUGGUGGCCGUGGUGGCGCUGUUCGUCCUGUGCUGGAUGCCCUUCUACGUGCUCAACAUCGUCAACGAGCUGUGGCCGCUGCCCGAGGAGCCCGCCUUCUUCGGCCUCUACUUCCUGGUGGUGGCGCUGCCCUACGCCAACAGCUGUGCCAACCCCAUCCUCUAUGGCUUCCUCUCCUACCGCUUCAAGCAGGGCUUCCGCAGGGUCCUGCUGCGGCCGUCCCGGCGCGUGCGCAGCCAGGAGCCCACGGCGAGGCCUCCGGAGAAGACAGAGGAGGAGGAGGAGGAGGAGGAGGAGGACCGGGAGGCGCUGAAGGGGAAGGCCCAGAACGGCCGGCUCAGUCAGGUCACGCAGCCUGGCCCCAGCGGACAGGGGCGACCGCUCAGUGCAGGGACGAGCAAGGAGCAGCAGUUCCUCCCCCAGGAGCCCCUGGCCGGGGAGAAGUCCAGCCCGCGGCACAGCAGCUACCUGUAGAGGUGGUGGGGUGCCUGGGGCGUGGCCCAUGACAAGGGGAAGUUUGGAAGUUCAGAGGCUUGGGCUCCGGUGCCAUUGUUGCCAGGACUUGCUGUGUGACCUUGGCCGGGAGGGAGUUCGCUUACCCUCUCUGGGCCUCUUUGUCUCCUCUGUGACUCAGGGAUGGGAGGAAUCAGCCUGGGUGCACUCUGGUGUGGAAGGCAUCCCUGUGAGCGGGGCCCAGGCUAAGGAGCCACACACAGCCUGGCCUCGCCCUGGGAUGUGGAGUGCCCAUGGGGAGCAGCCUAAAUUCUGGCUUUUGGCGCAGGGCCAAGGGAGAUGUGGGGGGCUGCACUGAGCCCCAGGCAGCAGGGAGGAGGGGCGCUGGCCAGGCCCCAGCUCAGCUCUCCCCACUGGCCAGCUCUGCCUCUCCUUGGGCCCCGGACUGCACCUGCUGGACAGCCCAAUUAGCUGAUCAGAGCUGGAACUCCCGGGCGCCUGCCUGUGAGGAGAGGUGACUUCUCUGGGAAGCCGAUACAGCCCAAGUUCAGGGUCCCUUAUGGUUGGGCCCCUUUUGAGGCCCUGCAUCUACUUUUGUAAUUUUGUAUUAUUUUUUGUAAAGAGGGACCCCAAAUGGCACAGGCUUAGGCCACCCAAAAGCCAGCUCGGUCUCUAUUGGGGCCCCCAAUCCCCAAGGGUCCUGGGGUGGCAGAGAUGGCUCUCCAGGUCCCCGAGGGCUCCAGGAGCCUCCUCUUGGGGUGGCGGGGACCAGUCCUGCUCCUGUCCUUGCGACCCUUUGGGGGACCCAGGCAGGAAGCCCACACACAAAGGCUGCUGAGGGGAGGUGGUAUCUAACAGCACCAGGAGGAAACGGAAGAGCAAGAGAGGAAGAGGAGGGGGAAGGAAGGGAGGCAGAUCUAGUCGUGACCUUGGCCCUGUCCUUGGCCGCUCUGGGCAGAGGUCAGUUGCAGCUUCUAUGAAAAGGGCGUGGUGGGAGCCUGGCCCCUGGUGCCCAGGGAAGGAGGUGGUCAGGGUGGAAGGGCAAGUGCCCUGUUGGUACAGAGGCCCCUGGGAGCCCCCCUACCCCGCACAGUGCUCAGGCCCAGCUGCAGGCUGGUGGAGGGUUGGGGAACCCCUGGUGGGUGGGGAGCAGGCCCCCUCUAUAUACUCCUGGGGGCUACAGACUUGGGGGCCCCAGGGAAGACAAGAGGAGGCAAGCAUGCGACCCUGGGGUGUAGCCAUCACACAAGGCUGGGCCUGGGCACACCCCAGAGUGACCCCUUAGAGCCGACAUGAGGGUGGCCCUGGGGAGGGGGCCCUCCAGGAAUGCACAAGGAGCCCAAGCUUGGAGACCUGGGCCUUCAGCUGACCUCAGCUCCCCUGGUGAGCGGGGACCCCUCUGGGCCUUGGUCCCCCCACAUAGGGAUGGAGGUGCUUGCCCUAGCUUGCCUGCCUGCCGGCUGGGAUUUGCCAAGAAAAACGAGUCCCACUAGGCGAACUGCGGGGUGGGGGGCGGGGCGGAUUGGAAGGCGGAGGUGCCCUCCCCACCCCCACGCUCAGCGUGGUCUCUGUGCCUGGGUGUCGGGUGAGGUUACCCAGGCUGUGAGAAGUGGGGAGUUCAGGGUCAGAGACCAAGGGGCAGGGAGGGCUCGGGAGAGUGUGGGCCCCUCAGAGGGGAAAGAUGGUCCCAGAACCAGACCUGUAUGGAGACUGGUGGCCAGAGGCCCUGCCCCGCAGUGUGCCCUGGGUUCCCCCAGGAGGAUCUGAGGGUACUAGCGAGAGGGGCUCUCUGGCUUCCUGCCUCGGGGGGGGGGGGAGGAGGGGAGAGGCGGGCGAGCGGUGCCCUGCAGGGGGAGCUGGGAAGCUGGGCAGGAAGUCCGUUGCCACUUCUGCCCCUGGCUCUCAUCAAUAAAGGCAGUGACGUGUGACAGCAUCUGAGGCCCGGGCAAUUCCUCUGUGGGUCCCAUGUCCAGAGGUGGAUGAGCGUGCAGGUGUGCGUGGGCUGUGCGUCCUGGCCCCUCCUUGCCUGGCUUCCUGGAGUCCCUGUCAUUCACAGCGACAUGGAGAUGCUCCUGACAGGCCUGGGGCCACAGCCUCACCCAUCUUAAAAGCAAUAGGUAUCCUUUUUUCCUAUUAUCCAAAUAGCAAAUCUCAUGGAAGAAAGCUGAUUGGCUCCAACCGAGUCACAUGAUGGCCCGCUUGGGCCAAUCACCACAAAGAAGGUGAUAAAGUGCCAUGAUUGGCCAGGUGUGAGUCAUGGGCCUCCCCUUCCAGCCAGAGAGAAGGUGGG